AUUAUUUUGUCAGUACAGAUUUAGCCAUUGCUAGAUAGUGUCAUUUGCUAACAAACAGAAAAUUCAAAUAACCAGCUCUCUCAGUAGCAAGUGAAUUCAAUUGUGUGUUUUAACCAACGACUUGAAUGAAAUAACGUUAAAAAUGGUUUCAAUGAAAGUUAUUGUCUUCGUAUUCGCCAUCAUUGCAUGCGCUGUUGCCAUUCCAGCUGGUGCACCACAGCCAAGACCAAUUGCUCCAGUUGCACGCCAACGCGCUGCCGGCCCCGAAUCAGAACAAUUGACCAGCGGCGCCGAUGACCAAGACUUGAAAGGAUCCUCCAGCUACGGAUAUGGAUACUAUGGUGGUCUCGGUUAUGGUGGCAGCGGAUAUGGAUUGGGCAGCUACUAUGGUGGAUACCCAUAUGCUUACUCCACUUAUGGUGGUUACGGUGGUUACGGUUAUCCUGGCUAUGGAUACGGAUACUACUCGAGCUUUCCAUACUCACGAGGAUAUGGUGGAUACUACGGUGGUUACUACUAAAGCAACAUCUACUAGAUUUUAUGACUACCAAGGAAUUUUCGAUACAAAUAAUUUUCGACAUGGGAUACAAAACUAUGCCGAACGGAUAACUGAUUAAUUAAUUUUUCGCAUUUGUCUCCUUUUCCAAAAAUGAUUUUAACGUUUAUUCUCCACACGCAACUACCUUAUCUAUCGUCUAUCUUCUUUGUUUCCCCCCGUCCCGUCUGAUUAUAAUACUUGUGUUUUUUGUUUAUUUCUCAUCAAACCAAACUAAAAAACCAAAAACCAUAUGAACUCCUUCUUUUUUUUCAGUUCAAUCACAAAUACAACAAAAAACGUAAUCAUUUGUAACUGCCAUUUCCAAAAAUUUCAUUCAGCACAUGAGGUUUCAAGUCACACCGAAUUCAUGAAUAUGCAACACACUAAAAUGUGUGUGUACGCCUAAUUGUGAACGAAUGAGGCGCACCAAUGUGUGUAUACGCAUAGGCAACUGAAUGAGCUGAAUGAAAUCUCUUUUCAAUUUUUUUGUAACAUUUAUUUUUUGUACAAUAAAAAAAAAGAAGAAACAACAAUGAUCAAUAAAAUGAGUAUACCGUUUAUAUAAAACAACAAUCAAAA